AUGGACGGGCCGGAAGGCAGUGCCGGGCAGCCCGGCCCCGCGGAGCGCUCCCAUCGAAGCAGCGUGUCCUCCGUGGGAGCCCGAGCAGCGGACGUGCUGGUGUACCUAGCGGAUGACACCGUGGUGCCCCUGGCAGUGGAGAGCCUGCCAUCCCUCAGUGCCCACGAGCUGCACCGUGCCAUCCGCGAGGUCCUGCAGCUCCCGGACAUCGCCCUGGAGAUCUUCGCCCUCUGGCUGGUCUCCCCUCUGCUGGAGGUGCAGCUGAAGCCCAAGCACCAGCCCUACAAGCUGGGCCGCCAGUGGCCAGAGCUGCUGCUGCGCUUCACCGACGCCCCGGAUGACGACGUGGCCACAGAUGAGCCGUCCCUGCAGUUCCGAAGGAACGUGUUUUUCCCCAAGCGGAGGGAGCUCCAGAUCCACGACGAGGAGGUGCUGCGGCUGCUGUACGAGGAGGCCAAGGGCAACGUGCUGGCGGCGCGGUACCCCUGUGACGCGGAGGACUGCGAGGCGCUGGGCGCCCUGGUGUGCCGCCUGCAGCUCGGGCCCUUCCAGCCCGGCCAGCCCACCGCCUGCGCCGUGAGGGAGAAGCUGGCCUCCUUCCUCCCCGCCCACCUGUGUAAGCGAGGCCACGGGCUCUUCGCCGCCCUCCGGGGCCGCGGGGCCAAGGCCGGGACCAGCGAGCAGGGCCUGCUCAGCGCCUACCGCAGGGUGAAGGAAGGCAGCGGCGACAGCGAGCGGGAGGCGUCUCUGCGGACCCACUUCCAGGCCUACCUCGCCAAGUGCCACGAGCUUCCCUACUACGGGUGUGCCUUCUUCCACGGCGAGGUGGACAAGCCAGCCCAGAGCUUUUUGCACCGGGGCGGCCGGAAGCCGGUGACGGUAGCCAUCAGUCUGGAGGGUGUGCAUGUCAUCGACAACAGGGAGAAGCACGUCCUGCUGGGCCUGCGUUUCCAGGAGCUGUCCUGGGACCACACGUCCCCCGAGGAGGAGGAGUCUGUCCUGUGGCUGGAAUUCGAUGGCAACAAUGAGGGCACGCCAGUCAACAAGCUGCUCAAGAUCUACUCCAAGCAGGCUGAACUGAUGAGCAGCCUCAUCGAGUACUGCAUCGAGCUGAGCCAGGCCUCUGAGCCGGCUGCCCCCCAGGAGGGCGCCUACGGUCCCUCCUCCACCCCUGGCUCAUCACUGCCUCCCGCUCAGCGCCCCCAGCUCCGCAGACAGGGCAGCGUGGUGAGCAGCCGGAUCCAGCACCUGUCCACCAUCGACUACGUGGAGGAGGGCGAGCAGAUCAGGCCGGUGAAGCCGAAGCGCACCACGUCCUUCUUCAGCCGGCAGCUGUCCCUGGGCCAGGGCAGCUACACCGUGGUGCAGCCCGGCGAGCGCCCGGACCAGAGCUGA